GUAGUGUUGGAAGUCAGCGGGCAGGAGGCGUGCGCGCGGAACAUUCAGGAGACUACCGCAGAAUGUCAUAACUAGCUAGCUAAAAGAUUAGCAGAAGGCGCAGUUUAACUUGGCCCUUCUGAAAAUGCCGAUGAUAUUGUUUAAUAGUAAAGACUGCAGUUAAGUUUAUGCUGAAUUAGCGGACACUGCUAAAUCACCAGAAGAGCCAGAAUCCCUCCGUCCGGUUUGUCCUACAAACAGUGCCGACACUUUGGUGUUGUAGAAGUGAACUGCGUAAGGCCGGAUUAGCUAGCUAGCUAGCUAAAGUACUGUGCAGUCGGGGAGCCUCGAUGGUUUUUAAUCGAGUAAUUCACGUAUUUUAGUCUGUAGACGAACACAGUUGAAACAAUGAGGAAGGACGUAAGGAUAUUACUCGUGGGGGAACCCAAAGUGGGGAAGACAUCUUUGAUCAUGUCACUAGUCAGCGAGGAAUUCCCAGAUGAGGUUCCUCUACGUGCUGAAGAGAUUACCAUCCCUGCUGAUGUCACUCCGGAGAGAGUCCCCACUCACAUCGUGGAUUAUUCAGAGGCAGAACAAACAGAUGAACAACUAUUCCAAGAAAUAUCAAAAGCAAAUGUAAUAUGUAUAGUGUAUUCAGUCAACAAUAAAAAGUCUAUUGAGAAGGUGACCAGUCAUUGGAUUCCUCUUAUAAAUGACAGAAUGGACAAGGAUAGCAGGGUACCCCUGAUUCUGGUGGGGAACAAGUCGGACCUGGUGGAGCACAGCAGCAUGGAAACCAUCCUCCCCAUCAUGAACCAGUACUCGGAGAUCGAGACCUGCGUAGAGUGUUCGGCAAAAAACCUGAAGAACAUCUCGGAGCUGUUUUACUACGCCCAGAAGGCUGUUCUGCAUCCCACAGGGCCCCUGUACUGCCCCGAGGAGAAGGAGAUGAAGCCCCCCUGUGUUAAAUCCCUGACGCGCAUCUUUAAAGUAUCGGAUUUGGACAACGACGGGAUUCUCAAUGAUAAUGAGCUCAACUUCUUCCAGAGAACGUGUUUUAACACCCCGCUGGCACCCCAGGCCCUGGAGGACGUGAAGAACGUGGUGAGGAAGAACAUGACUGACGGAGUGCGGGACAAUGGCCUCACACUGAAAGGUUUCCUCUUCCUGCACACGCUCUUCAUCCAGAGGGGCCGGCACGAGACCACCUGGACGGUGCUGCGGAGGUUCGGCUACGAUGACGACCUGGAGCUCACGCAGGACUACCUGUUUCCCCCGUUAAAAAUACCCCCGGAUUGCACCACCGAGCUCAACCACAACGCUUACCUCUUCCUCCAGAGUGUCUUCGAUAAGCACGACAAGGACAGAGACUGCGCGCUGUCUCCAGAUGAGAUGAAGGACCUGUUCAAAGUGUUCCCCUACAUGCCCUGGGGUCCCGACGUCAACAACACGGUCUGCACCAAUGACCAGGGCUGGAUCACCUACCAGGGCUAUCUGUCGCAGUGGACGUUAACCACGUACCUGGACGUGCAGCGCUGCCUGGAGUACCUGGGCUACCUGGGAUACUCCAUCAUCUGUGAGCAGGAGUCCCAGGCGGCGGCCAUUACAGCGACGCGCGAUAAGAAGAUUGACCUGCAGAAGAAGCAGACGCAGCGCAGCGUGUUCCGCUGCAACGUCUUCGGCGCCCCGGGCAGCGGGAAGAGCGGCUUCCUCCAGGCCUUCCUGGGCAGAAACCUCACGCGGCAGAAGACGAUAAGAGAAGACCAUAAGUCCUACUACGCCAUCAGCACCACUUACGUCUACGGCCAGGAGAAGUAUUUGCUGCUCCACGAGGUCUUCCCGGAAUCCGAGUUCCUCUCCGAGUCGGACAUCUGCUGUGACGUCGUCUGCCUGAUCUAUGACCUCAGCAACCCCAGCUCCUUUGAGUACUGCGCCAAGAUCUUCAAGCAGUACUUCAUGGACAGCAAGACGCCCUGCAUGGUCAUCGCCGCCAAGGCCGACCUUCCGGAGGCCCAGCAGCUGUACAGCCUGUCCCCGCUGGACUUCUGCCGGAAGCACAAGAUGCCCCCGCCCCAGGCCUUCACCUGCAACACGGACGACGUGCCCAGCAAGGACGUCUACAUCAAGCUCACCACCAUGGCCAUGUAUCCUCACGCCCGGCUGCGCUGCAUGUGCUCCUGUAACCGGUGCACCUUUUGCAUCUGUCACAACCUCCUCAACUCAGAGCUCCUGCAGUCAGUAAAGGCCAAGCUCUACACAGCCGUUCUCAGCAGACACAUGACGCAGGCGGAUCUGAAGAGCUCCACGUUCUGGCUGAGGGCGAGUGUGGGGGCGACGGUGUUUGCAGUGUUGGGGUUCGCUAUGUACAGGGCCCUCCUGAAGCAGCGGUGAUGGACUGGAGGGCGCGUGUAGUCCUCGCAAACAGCCCCCUCCUCUGUCCCCAAAAACCUGUCAAAAACCACCUUCUAACCACAUUCUCAAAUCAAGAAAAAUACAGUAAUUUAAAAAUAUUUAAUCAUGCAUCUCAAAGCAAAGAUAUGAAAUGCCUCCGUCUGUAGCCGUGGGUGUUCUGGUUAUUGGUGCGCUCAUGGAACAUAUUGUGACUGACGGUUGCAAUCAGAUUUAUUUUCUGGGUUACGGGUGGUUUUAAAUUGUGCAUACUAUUUUUAUGGCUCAGGAUUAACUUGUGGAAAAUAGACGUAGAGAAAGCCUCAAGGGAUUCGCCACUGCUUUAAAGACAAAGGGACUGAAUGCCGUGUAAAUACGUGUACAUAUCGGCAGCGUACUUAUGACUGCCUGUCAGAUAGAACAAAAUGGCCUAACCGACUUUAAAGCUUGUAUGUAACACAGUGGUUUAACACAGAACUAACACAGUAAAGCCAUGUUUUCCGUUCGUAUUAGCGCCCAUUUGAAAUGUUAAUUUAUUAGCCCCGUUUUCCUUUCUACGUAUUCAGUUAUUGGACAUGGAAGCAGACGCUGCUGAAUGGGGUUUUAUUUUAUGUACUUAUUGACCGUUUUGCGUGAUACUGCCCCGUCCGAUCUACGAGCAGUAGUGGCCCCUCCUCCAGACCAAGCCAGCAGUUCUGCUCCUUCCAAACGAUCUCCCCGUGGUCAAGUUUCUCCACCCGGCUGGAGCUUCUGUCACACGUGUGUCUGUGUGUGUGUGAGUGUGUAUAUGUGUGCGCUCCUCUGUCUGUGUGUUCGGUUGUUCAGGCUAAAAAGGUGUGCAGCUAUUCUGUAUCAUAUCCAGAGGUGCAAAAUCCAGGUCCAGAAAGUAUAAGUCCUCCUCAGUAUUUAAUUCCCAUCACUUGAAUUCGCUAAUUGGCACAAUUCUUCAACCAGGAAGUAGAGCUAAUUGGUGAAAAUCACCUGGCCGAGUUCAUGGGUGGAAGAAACACCAAGCAGGAUUUUACACCUCUGGUUGUAUCGUUUCAUAUUUUAGUUCGUUUUUUAUUUUAUUAUUAUUAAUACUACUAUUUUAGGAACCAGCAACAUCUUUAGUCAUGUCUCAUUUACAUUUCCCCCCCCUCAGACACCAGAACGGUUUCUGGCGUAAUGUGCAACAUUUACAAUAAACAACUGUGUGCUGUUA